AUGGCGCAAGUCAAGAUACUGAAGAGAUCUCGAGAUGCGGUUUCGUGUUCCAGCUGCAAACAACGCUACGAUUUGAUCGAAGCGCUGGACCAGCAUCUGGAAACAUCAUUGACGGGCCGCCGCAUCUGUCGCAGAACCAAAGCACCGGCGUUGAUCGUUUGCAUCGAAUGCGAACGCGACUUCCCCAGUGUCCAAGAACUCAAACAGCAUAUUCAGAACUCCUUAUUCCAUCACCCAGAGCUCUCUGAACCCACUGGACGAGUUGUCUUCGUCGGCCGACUUCCUGCCAAUGUCAGAGAACGUGACAUUGUAAACACAUUGUUCGACGGCUUCAUUGUUGAAACUACAUCUAUUCGCACCCAUUGUCCUCAUUUUGACAACUUCGCCUUCAUCACUUUGACGACAGCCGCCGAAGCCAAUCGUGCUGUCAAAGUACUUCACAACAAACGACUCUUCAACCAGAAAGUCAUUGUCUCACUGCAGCGGCCUAAAAAAGAUCUUACAAUUCAAGCUUCUGGCCCAAAACCACGCUCACGCAUCCUUAGUAUGGCCCCCAGCUACUCGUCUACCAAGUCUCCUGCCAUGGCUUCUGGCAAAGAGAAUACCGGACCGCUGCCUCCAGUCAACAUGCGGCUUCCACAAAGUGUGCCUGCCUAUGCACAGCCUAUGUCUCCACCCUUCGACCCUCGAAUGUCUACGUUCCUCUACAAUACAACCUCUCCUGUUGUCUACAACCAAUAUUAUCCAGUUCUACCUUAUCAUCCUCCAGCUCCCAACGGUUAUGUACAAUCUGGUCCUAUCGCUUCAUUCAGCCCUGCUCCUGUAAACCACAACCUCAGAUACCAAUCCCCACCAAGUUUUGUGCCCAACAGUACUUUGCCAGCUACCCAACCUCCUCCCCAAUCAUCGACAGAACAACGUCCCUGUCGCCAACGUGGUCGACGUAAGCAGUUCCCACCUCAGUACGACGGCGCCUCGAACUCGCCUACUGCAUCGCCUCCAAUCGUUAUCGAACCCGAAAACACAAUGGUUCCUAUCACCGCCGACACCAAAUACGACUCAGCCGUUCAGACGUCUUCCUCUUGUACUACUUCAACAUCUUCUAUGGCUUCAAGCACGAGUUCUCCGUACUGCGACGACCAGACAUGGCCCCCGCUCGUCUCAUCUGGUCCUGUCACUGAAGCCAGAGCUUGGACAUCGUUCCAUGAUGAUCAAUAUGAUGACGCUUAUCGAACCCUCGUCCAACAUUGCCACGAUACCAACUCUCUGGUCGCGGCAGGCUUCAACAUAAGAGAGCCUACCAUGCCACCCCUCGCCGAUCUCAGAGCCAAAAUUAAGUGUAGGUCUUGCCGCAGUUCUCGUCAGCAUCUUGAUCGCUUGAUUGCAGAAUCAGGUGUGAGAGGCUGUCCGGUCGCUAAGAACGGUAUGCACACUUUUGGCGGCAUCUCUCAUUUGACUUCACUCUACGAAGAUUUUGAGCAUCCUCCCGCAGUCUGUCCCUCAUCGCUUAUAGGCAAGCGUCGUGCAAUUGCACUUGACUGUGAGAUGGCAGGCGGCAGAAUUGGCGACGGUCUUGUGAAUCAGGUGAUCCAGCUAACUGCUAUUGACUACUUCAGUGGUGAGGUGCUGAUCUCGGCUCUUGUUAAGCCCACCUUAGUCAUCCAACAGUGGCGUACCAACAUUCACGGCGUGAGUCCUAGCAUGAUGUCUAAGGCUGUCAACAACGGUACUGCUUUAGAGAAUGUGUUUCACGCUCGCGAACUCUUGUUCUCUUUCAUGAACAGCAACACCAUUCUCGUUGGACAUGCUCUGCACAACGAUCUGAACGUUCUCAAAAUCGCCCAUGACCGCUGCGUCGACUCGGAGAUAUUGGCCAAGGUUGCUAUCGACAGAGCUAGUCACAACAAUGGCGUUGGAUUGAAAAAGCUGUGCGACACUCUGCUGAGCUUGAGCGUACAAAGAACGGCUUUCCACUCCUGUCUCGAAGACACAUUUGCAGCCAGAGAGGCUGUCAUCUACAUGGUCUCACAUCCUGAGGAGCUGUCUGUAUGGGCACAGGCCAAGCAGAAGGUGAUCGACGAAGAGGCUGCUAAGAGAGCUGCCGCAAAACAGGCAAAGGAAGAAGCUAGAGAACAGGCUGCUGCCAAUGAGGCUAGCGAGAGAGCUGCUCGCGCGGAUGAUAAGCGGGUUAAGGCAGUCCUCACCAUGGCCAUGCCGGCACUGGUGCCUAAUCCCGUCAAUGAGAUCCCAGAUGAGCUGCAGAUGUACAGAGGUCCUUCUGUCGGCAAGAAGCAGAAGGGAGGUGCUUGGAAAGUGCUUGACUACGGAGGUGAUAGAGGUUCUCAGAUAAGGCAUGGGAAGAAAAGAAGGUAA